AUGCAGACUUGCCCUCUGCUCCUUCGGGUUUUCACUAAGAUUGGGGCUCAUCACAGUGAGGUAGAAUUUACGGUGAGAGGCAAUGAACCAAAAGAUAAGGUUCAAAUUUAUACACGGAAAGAUGCAAAACUUCGUGAGCUAACUGAUCUUGUCCAAGAGAUUGCUCCAGAGGCUAGUAGAAGUGCUAGACUGUCUUUUGCGUUUGUAUACCCUGAUAAGCACGGUCGCUUUGUGGUGAAACAGGUUGGGAUGAGGAAUUCUCAUGGAAACGGGAGACAAGUGGAUGAAAGCAAGGCACUGAAUGAUCUGAACUUUCAGAUAGGAGAUUAUUUGGACGUGGCGAUCCUAUAGAGAAGAUGGCUGUAGCAUCAGCACUGAUGAUUCUUCGGAGGCGGCAUUUCGGAUGGAUCGAGUGGGAAGGAGCGUCACAUGUUUUGUCGCGAUUAGGGUUUGGUUUGAUUCUCAUUUUUCUGGAGGCCGUUUGAAUUUGAGUUAUUUUUUAAGUUUCGCGCACCGGCAACUGUGUUUCCGACCUACAGGCUUAUGUAGGGCACAAGAGUAAAACUGAACCGUCUGAUCAUAUGAUAUCAUCUUCCUCUUACCUUGUAUUCAUAUGCACAAUCAACUGUUGAGAUGUUCCGGAGAGACCUCACGAAACAAAAAAAAGUACAUAUUCUUCUUCUUCUU